ACGCUCCCAGCAGCGGUAACAUCUUUGUUUGUACGUGUAUAUGUUUUGUUUAUGUGUAAUGUUCGCGGGGAAGUAUUUAAACUUGUGGUGCAUGUUCGUGUAGUUAUUGGUGUAUUAUCGUGUUAUUUAGGUUUUGUAAAAAGAUUUCACCAUCUGCUGCUGUUCAAAGCCUCAUCCAUAUGGCGGAAGUACUCCUGAGUACAGCGGAAAAGACUUACAUUUUGCAUGGUGUUGACGAGGAUUUUAGAACGGACGGGAGGAACAGACGAACUUACAGACCCAUCGAAUUAGAAACAGAAGUUGUAAUUCAUGCAAAUGGUUCGGCUCGCUUGCGCUUAGCAAACACCGAUAUUUUAGUGGGCGUAAAAACAGAAAUUGACACUCCUUUCCCCGAGAGACCAAACGAGGGAAAGAUAGAGUUUUUCGUUGACUGCUCUGCAAAUGCGACGCCAGCAUUCGAAGGCAGAGGAGGUGAAGACCUAGCCACAGAAAUUAGUGCAAGUUUGGCAAGAGCGUACAUGUCCUCACAAGUUUUCAACCUAUCGCCUUUGAUAAUUACACCUGGUGUUCAUUGCUGGAAGCUAUAUGUUGACAUUCUUAUCUUAGAAUGUGGAGGUAACCUUUUUGAUGCAGUCUCAUUGGCAGUUAAAGCAGCCUUGCACAAUACCAGAGUGCCAAAAGUCGAAAAUGAAGGAAAGGAUGGUGACGAGGAAAUGCUUGUGUUAUCGCAGAAUUAUAACGACUGUACUCAUUUGGAUGUUUCGAAUACUCCUGUUCUAAUUACACUUUGUAAAAUUGGCGAUAACUGCGUAGUUGAUCCGACAGCCGAAGAAGAAGCGUGUAGCGUUGCAAGUGUGGUCAUAGCAGUAACUGAAUCCGGGUUAGUUACCUCAGUUUUCAAGACUGGAGAAGGAAGCCUGAGCCCCCAAACUUUUCGGGAUGCUUUAAUUGAAGGCAAAGACAUAGGCUACAAUCUUAACAACACACUGAAGAAUGCAUUACUUAGAGAAGCAGAAAAGGGAAAUGAAGGAGGAGUGUAUGAACCAUACGGAUUUUUAAAAUAGCGGACAUAUGGAGCCAUAGAGUUGUUUUGUGUCAUUUAAUUCUGUUGUACAUAAAAAUAAAAUAUUUAAUGACACAUUGUUUUUUCUGGUGUGUGCCAUUUGUUACCAAGUCGCUUGGGGUAGUAAAAUUUUUCUUUGAGUCGUAAAUAUCACAUGAUUCGAGGCAAAAAAAUAACUUAAGACAUAACCAGUUAGCCUGAUACUAAGUAUGAUUUUCAAGUAAAAUGUGUAAUUUGCUAAGGUAUCAUUUUUGUCAGGCUUGAAACUGUAGGCUAAUUUCAAAUUGAUUUGAUUUAUUAUUUUGUAUCCUAGUUUUUGUACAAUAAAAUAGCUGCAUAUUUUCCAAAGA